AUGGAGCAUAAUCACCAAUAUGUAUACGGCAGAAAGGUUACCCUGUGGACAGACCACAAGCCUUUAGAGAUAAUCGCCAAGAAACCUCUGGCUGCAGCUCCAAAACGUCUACAGCGUCUUAUGAUGAGAUUAACGCAGUAUGAUGUGGAAAUCAAGUACAGACGUGGCCCUGAGAUGUAUCUUGCCGAUACACUUUCCAGAGCGUACUUGCCCCAGGAACACCACCCAGGAAAGGCAGAUCAAGAAGUGGAGAGGAUCCAUUCUGUAAAUUUCCUAUCAAUAUCUGAGCCACAGAUCCAAGAAAUCCGCGAAGAAACUGCCAAAGAUCCUGUCUUGCAGACUCUUAAAGCAACGAUUCUGAAUGGUUGGCCUAGCCAAAGAAAGGAACUACCUCCUGAACUGCAUGAGUACUUCAAAGUCAAGGACGAGUUGGCGACACAAGAUGACAUUAUUUUCAAGGGUCCCAAAUGCGUUAUCCCGAAAAGUCUAAGACCCAAGAUCAAGGAAAAGCUCCACCGAUCCCACAUCGGUAUUCAAGGUUGUUUAAGAAGAGCCCGUGAAGUGGUGUAUUGGCCCAACAUGAACAGAGAAGUGACAGAAUUUAUCUCAAAAUGUGAAACCUGCAACACCUUCCAGUCUGCCCAACAGAAAGAGCCUCUUAUUUGCUAUGAAAUCCCACAGCAUCCUUGGGAAAAGAUUGGUUGUGACAUCUUCACAUUUAAUAAUCAAGACUACCUGUGUACCGUCGAUUACUUCUCCGAUUAUUUUGAGAUUGAUGAGCUACGCAAGUCAAAGACAAGUGCCACAGUGAUUGGAAAGCUCAAGAAACGUUUUGCCACCCAUGGAAUUCCAGAUACAUUCCACAGUGAUAAUGGUCCACCCUUUUCUUCAAAUGAGUUCUCAGCCUUAGCAGCAAUGUACGAGUUUGAACACGUCACCAGUUCGCCGGAGUAUCCGCAGAGCAACGGCAAAGUGGAAAAUGCAGUUAAAACAGCAAAAAGCCUGAUGAAGAAAUCUGCUAGUACAAACUCGGAUUUUCAGCUUGUAUUGCUAGAUUGGCGAAAUACACCAACAGAAGGUAUGAAGAGUUCAACAGCACAACGAUUGUUCAGCAGGCGCACAAGAACACUGCCGCCGACCUCGAAGAAACUCUUGAAACCCCAGUUAGUCACAGAUGUUAGAGAGAGGAAGUCACAGAGGAAAGAAGUUCAGACACGUUAUUACAAUCAAAAUGUCAAAGAACUUUCCAGCCUCAUAAAAGGUGAUGUUGUACGUCUGAAACCACAAGUCUCUGACGGAAAGCAGAGAUGGACAAAGGCACAAGUUGAGCAACAAGUAGAUGUCAGAUCCUACGCCAUUAGAACAGAAGAUGGCAGGUUGUUCCGAAGAAACCGGAGACAUCUUCGGCAGUCCAAGGAACCGUUCAUGCCGAAGGAUGGGGACAUUGAAAAUCCAACUCCAAUUCUGAACAGUCCACCAACCAAAGCCAGCACAGAAACCUUAUCAGGAGAAAACAGCACAGGACUGCCAACAACACUCUCCAGAAACCAACCAGGGCCAAGAUCAUCAGCUACCCGUCCAGCCCCAUUGACUGAGUGCCAAAAGAGCAAUGUGGUCACACGCAGCGGACGCUUUAUUCGUCCCCCUGGCUACUUAAAAGACUUUGUUCAGACUUAG